GGCUCCUGCCGCUGGUGCAGAGGCCCCGGGGCCCUGGGGAACUCAGGAAGGUCUCCAGGUGUCCCUGACCUGCCACUGUGAGUCCUGGGGUGGCUGGUCCUCCCAAAGGCCACCCGUCCCCUCACGUGCUGGCACGGUCACCAGCCCCGACCUGUGUGAGGGGAGGGACGCGAGGGAGAAGCUGCGAGUGGCCACCGCGCCUGCCCUGCGGGUGGAACUGGUUCCCGCCCUGGAGAUGUUGGGGUGCCCUGUGCGCUCUCGCACUGGGUGACGCCCCUCUGGGUCGAGUCGGUGUCCUGGCCACCUCUGGGGCUGUGAUGCUGCUUCCUGUCCAGCUCCACACUCUCCUGAUGGCCACAGUGCUGGGCAAGGUCUGCAGCCGCCUCCCGCCGUCCCAUCAGUCACUGGGCCCUCACUGAGGUUGCCCUCCCGAUUGGCUGAGGGCCAGCGGUGUCACAGCCGGCCAGCCAUCACAAACCCAGAGCCGGCCCUCAGUUGUCGCGGUCACGGCGGAACCCGACCAGAGGGGCUGUGCCUGCCAGGCUCGGCUCUGUGGGGUCUGCUGUGACGUUCCCUACGAAGUCACCACAGUGCCGCCUGAGCUCUGGCAGGCGGGUGGACGGGCAGUGGCCAGUGAGCCCAGUUCAGCCCUUGGCCUUCCCUGCCUGCAGCCACCUCCCCACCCUUGGGCUGCCCCACCUGCCCAGGUGGCCGGUGCUCGUGUGAUUGCUUGUUCCCUGCGCCUCCCUGUCCCCCAGCUUGACAGCAGCAGAGAGUGGUUGAGUGGCAGGUGCUGCCUGGUCCGGCCUGGAACCGGGAUGCCGCGCCUCUGCGGGCAGCACGGAGGGUGCGAGGGCCUCCCUGAGCCACUGCUGUGACGGCCAGUGAGCACGCUGCCGGAGGAUGUCCGCCACGACGACGGCCACGCCCCCGGGGAUGCCGGUGGCCCCGGGCCCCGUGAACCCGCCCCCGCCGGAGGUGUCCAACCCUGCCAAGCCCGGCCGCAAGACCAACCAGCUGCAGUACAUGCAGAACGUGGUGGUGAAGACGCUCUGGAAGCACCAGUUCGCCUGGCCCUUCUACCAGCCCGUGGACGCCAUCAAGCUGAACCUGCCCGAUUACCAUAAGAUAAUAAAGAGCCCGAUGGACAUGGGGACCAUCAGGAGGAGGCUGGAGAAUAGUUACUACUGGAGCGCGAGCGAGUGCAUGCAGGACUUCAACACCAUGUUCACAAACUGCUACAUUUACAACAAGCCCACAGAUGACAUAGUGCUAAUGGCCCAAGCCUUAGAGAAAAUUUUUCUGCAGAAAGUGGCCCAGAUGCCGCAGGAGGAGGUUGAGUUGUUGCCCCCUGCCCCGAAGGGCAAAGGCCGGAAACCGGCUGCGGGAGCCCAGAGCGCAGGUGCCCAGCAGGUGGCAGCCAUGCCCUCUGUCUGCCCGGCGACCCCCUUCCAGAAUGUCCCCCCCACGGUCUCCCAGACGCCCGUCAUUGCUGCCACCCCCGUGCCAACCAUCACUGCAAACGUCACGUCGGUCCCCGUGCCCCCAGCUGCCGCCCCACCCCCACCCGUGACGCCGGUCAUCCCUGUGGUCCCUCCCACACCGCCCGUGGUCAAGAAAAAGGGCGUGAAGCGGAAAGCGGACACCACCACGCCCACGACGUCCGCCAUCACUGCCAGCCGGAGCGAGUCGCCCCUGCCGUUGUCGGACCCCAAGCAGGCCAAGGUGGUGGCGCGGCGGGAGAGCGGGGGCCGGCCCAUCAAGCCACCCAAGAAGGACCUCGAGGACGGGGAGGUGCCCCAGCAUGCCGGCAAGAAGGGCAAGCUGUCAGAGCAGCUGCGGCACUGCGACAGCAUCCUCAAGGAGCUGCUGUCCAAGAAGCACGCGGCCUACGCCUGGCCCUUCUACAAGCCGGUGGACGCCGAGGCGCUGGAGCUGCACGACUACCACGACAUCAUCAAGCACCCCAUGGACCUCAGCACCGUCAAGAAGAAGAUGGACAGCCGCGAGUACCCGGACGCACAGGGCUUUGCAGCCGACAUCCGGCUAAUGUUCUCCAACUGUUACAAGUACAACCCGCCAGACCACGAGGUGGUGGCCAUGGCCCGGAAGCUGCAGGAUGUGUUUGAGAUGCGGUUUGCCAAGAUGCCAGACGAGCCGGCAGAAGUGCCCACGGUGCCUGCCCCUGCGGCCCCGGCCGUGAGCAAGGGCACGGAGAGCAGCCGAAGCAGCGAGGAGAGCUCCUCGGACUCGGGAAGCUCGGACUCGGAGGAGGAGCGGGCCACCCGGCUGGCCGAGCUGCAGGAGCAGCUGAAGGCCGUGCACGAGCAGCUGGCUGCCCUGUCUCAGGCCCCUGUGAACAAGCCAAAGAGGAAGAAAGAGAAGAAGGAGAAGGAGAAGAGGAAGAAGGACAAGGACAAAGACAAGGAGCGGCACAAGGCCAGGUCCGAGGAUGAGAGAAAGGCCAAGGCCACCCCACCUGCCAAGGCCGCCCCGCAGAAGAAGGCGCCCGCCAGGAAGGCCAACAGCACGGCCGCGGCCGGCAGACAGCCGAAGAAGGGCGGCAAGCAGGCCUCGGCCCCCUACGACUCGGAGGAGGAGGAGGAGGGCCUGCCCAUGAGCUACGACGAGAAGCGCCAGCUGAGCCUGGACAUCAACCGACUGCCCGGGGAGAAGCUGGGCCGGGUGGUGCACAUCAUCCAGUCCCGGGAGCCCUCGCUCAGGGACUCCAACCCCGAUGAGAUCGAGAUCGACUUUGAGACGCUGAAGCCCACCACGCUGCGGGAGCUUGAGAGAUACGUGAAGUCGUGUUUACAGAAGAAGCAGCGGAAGCCGUUCUCUCCUCCUGCUUCCACAGCAACCAGCGGGAAGAAGCAGGCAGCCAAGUCGAAGGAGGAGUUGGCUCAGGAAAAGAAGAAGGAGCUGGAGAAGCGGCUGCAGGACGUCAGUGGGCAGCUGAGCAGCAGGAAGCCUGCCAAGAAAGAGAAAUCGGGCGCGGCGCCCCCUGGAGGGCCUUCCAGGCUCAGCAGCAGCAGCUCCUCCGAGUCCGGGAGCAGCACCUCCAGCGGAUCAAGCUCGGACAGCAGCGACUCGGAGUGAGGUCGGCGCCGCCGGCGCAGCCCCGCCUGCCGGCCUCUGCGGUGUUCCUUCCUGGAUAAUAUACUACUACUUUUGUUCA